AUGGCGACCUUGUUCUUCUUCCUCAUCCUCUCUCUUUCCCUGUACACAUCCCCAUCUUCAUCACAGCUCGAGGAAUUCACCUACACCGGCUUCCACCACCCCAAACCAAACCUAACUCUAAACGACGCCGCACUGAUCCGCAAAUCCGGCGUUCUGCAACUCACCAACGAGACCAGCCGAUUAAAAGGCCACGCAUUCUACCCAUCGCCGAUCCAAUUCAAAAAUUCAACCACGAAAACCGUCUCCUCCUUCUCGACGUGCUUCGCCUUCUCCAUCCACCCAGAGUACCCCAAACUCGGCGGCCACGGCUUCGCCUUCACGUUCGCGCCGGACGACCAGCUCAGCUCGUCCCUGCCCAGCCAGUACCUCGGCCUGGUGAACUCCUCCGACGCCGGUAACUUCUCCAACCACAUCUUCGCCGUCGAGUUCUACACCGUUCAGGAUUUCGAAUUCGGCGACAUCAACGACAACCACAUCGACAUCGACGUCAACAGCUUGGCAUCCAACGCCUCCGCCUCCGCCGCCUAUUUCACUUCCGAUUCGGUGAAGCACGAUCUCAAUCUCAAGGGCUGA